AGAGACGCUAUACAGAGAGACAGACGACUCCGCAGACACAGAGAGACAGACGACUCCGGACAGACAGACACUACACAGACAGACAGACAUUAUACAGAGAGACGCAUCGGAGAUUUAGAGCAUGAGUGUGUGGAACGCUGUGUGUGUGAUCGUGGUCCUACUCCUCAGAGCCCAAGAUACUUCAGCACAAUUGGAUGUGUGUGGGCAGGCGACCCUCAACACGCGCAUUGUGGGCGGGCAGGACGCACCAGAGGGGGCGUGGCCAUGGCAGGCCAGUCUGACACGUGACAGAAGACACUUCUGCGGAGGUGCUCUCAUCAACAAGGAAUGGCUUCUGACCGCCGCCCACUGCCUCAACGACAACAGUGCCACGUCAGGUCUGCAGGUGAUCCUGGGGAUGCAUAACCAAUCGACUUCGAGCUCCGAUGUGGUGGUGCGAGACGUGGCGAAGGUGAUCCUCCACCCGAACUACAACCACACCACCAGCACCAACGACAUCGCACUGCUCCGGCUGGCCUCCUCCGUCACCUUCUCCACCCGCGUUCGUCCCGCAUGCCUGGCCGCUCAGGACAGCACUGUCAGCGUCGGAUCCCGGACCUGGGUCGCAGGGUGGGGCAGCAUCAGGAUGGGAGAGCCACUGCCCGCUCCAGGAACCCUGCAGGAGGUGGAGGUUCCCGUGGUGUCCAACGCUGACUGCAAGACGGCCUAUAAGGGCUACCAGAUCAUCAUCAACAAUGACAUGAUCUGCGCUGGAUACCUGGGAGAGGGAGGGAAGGACGCCUGCCAGGGCGACUCAGGCGGUGCUAUGGUCAUUAAGCAGGGUUCCGUGUGGGUGGGGCUGGGGGUGGUCAGCUUCGGCAUCGGCUGCGCGGAGGCCCGGCACCCUGGUGUGUACGUGCGCGUGUCUCAGUACCAGACCUGGAUCAACUCGCACAUCGCCACUGACCAGCCCGGAUACGUCCCGAUGACCAGCAUCACCGUCCAGACCAGCGCCGGCUCCAGCCUGGCCACGCCCCUCCUACACACACUGCCCCUCCUCCUCACUCUCCCACUACUCCACUGAUUGGACGGGGCAUCUCUCCCCAAGCCACGCCCCUCACACCGACCACGCCCCUCCUACACACACUGCCCCUACUGGCCACGCCCCUCCUCCUCACUCUCCCACUCCUCCACUGAUUGGACGGGGCAUCUCCCCAAGCCACGCCCCCUCAUAAUGGGCAGAGCUUCUCUACUCAGGCCACUCCUCCAAAUGAAGGAUAGAUAGAUAGAUAGAUAGAUAGAGAUAGUUACAGGAAGGAAGCAACAGAGAGGAUUAAAAGCAUGAUCUUCCUGAAAUGUAAACACAGGAAACAUAAAUAAAGACGUAUGUUUAUGCAUGUGUAUGAAGUAAAUUCUCGGGAAUAUGGAAUUCUGGGUAAUGUAGUCUCUCAGAACAGAGGCUGUCAUGUUUACACAAUGUUUAGUUUCUGAUCUUUUAUUUAAAUAUUUAUAUAUGAACUGUUGAUGCUAAUUUAUUUACUUGUAUGUUUUAUUUGGGAAAGUCUGAAGUCUGAUUUCAUGAAAAUCCUUAUGUGUGACACAGAAUGUAGGAUGUAAAGUCCUUUACAGGGAAACUGAAGACAAUGAAUGUAUCUGUACCCGACUAGUAAACAAAUUCACCCUGUGAACCUGAAGAGAAUGAAUGUAUGAAUUGUGUAUAUUAAAGUCCCUACUGGGCUUUCUCUUCCA